AUCGUUAGUAGUAGACUCGCCGGAUUAAUUGCGACAUGGAUCGACAGAAAGGAUCCCAAUGAAGAUCCAUACACUGUUUCAGACACUCCAUUCCUAUUUAGGCACGUGUUUCGCAUGAAUGAUCAAACAACCUUCUUUCAAGAUAAUCAUAAAUAUUAUAACAAAUCUUCAAAAAGAAUCUUGCCAACGGUCAAAUGUCAUCACGGACCUUCCAUAAUGAUCAUGAAAUUUAAAGGGUCUGAAAAAAUCAUUGGUGCCUACAAUCCUAUCAAUUGGAAGCAAGAUAUAGAAAAGAAAGUAUAUAUUCCUACAUCAGAAAGUUUUCUUUUUUCUUGUGAUGAUAAGUAUGGAACAAAUCAUCGAUUAAGCAGGGUUCGUGAUUUCGAACACGCAAUCUGUCUAGAGAGUGUGCGUCCCAGCGGAAACCUAUUAAAAUUCGGGGAAGAUUUGGUUUUUCACUAUUACUCGUCAGGAAGUAUCCACUGUGAUGUCAAGAACAAAUUUUACGAGCAACCAAUCAUAUUGAAGGAGGGAUAUUAUUUAAUUGAAAAAUUGGAUAUUUUUGCAAUUGGUAGAAAAGAUGAUGAACCAAUGAUGGUGAUGAACAAGGAAGUAAAUUAUGUUAAUUAUGAAAUUCCAUCCAAACCUAUCACAAAAAUGAUCGAAAGCGACUUCUUUGAGUUGAUCGCGACAUGGAUCAAGGGUAAAGAUCCCGUGAAUUCUCGGUACACAGAAUCUAAUAUGCCGGUUAUUUCCAACGAUGAAAUGCCAUCACGGACCCUCUCUGAUGAUCAUGAAACUUCGAACCGGAAAGAUAAUUGGAG